AUGUCGGUAGCCAAUUUACGCUGGCUCGAUGGACAUUCCUCCAACGAGACGUGGGAUGGCAUAUCUUUCGGAAUGCCAUGGCCGCGAGGCCUUUACCACACGGGCCAGCAGUUUGUGAUCGAGUCAAACCAUGAAGUAUAUCCUCUCGACUCCCUCGAACUGGCGUAUUGGGCCGACGGGUCACUCAAGUGGACAGCACAUUCUAUUAGUGGAAAUGUCUGUUUGGCGGAACAUUACACUGUCAAGGCUUCCCCGGUCCCUCUUGAGCCAGUGGAGAGCAUAACAGUCCAUGACCAGGACUCUGCUUUAUCCGUCAGAACUUCUUAUGGGCUGUUCUUGAAGUUUGCACCAGCUGGGGGCUCAACUAUACUUGAGCAGCUGAACAUUCAAGGGCAGACUGUAUGCUCCGCAGCAACAGUCGUUGCGUCUAUCAACAAGAUAGAUUUUCGGACUCGAGUGCAUUCAGUCGAAGUCGAGAAUCACACCUCGAAUCGGCUUGUGGUCAAAGUUUCCGGCAUCGUGGAAGAUGAGAACAACCGAAGCCAUUUACCGUUCGAUGUCCGAUUUUACGUCUACUCACACAGCUCGUCCGUGAGAGUCCUGCAUUCGUUUAUCCACGACUUAGAGCCAAAAGAGGCACUCACAUCUCUGGGACUACGAUUUCGAGUGCCCUUUGAGAAAGCUGCGCUGUACAACCGCCAUGUCCGAUUAGGCGGAUCAUCGGGCGGUGUUUUGAAGGAGGAAGUGAAGGGCCUCACAGGAUUGCGACACGGUCCCACCCUUCCCAACCGCAUCGACCAAAGCUUAGGACGGGAGCUCCACUUGGAACCUGCCGAGUGGACAAGAACGCCUCUUGCUCGAGGGCUUUCGUACAUUCCGGCAUGGGAUUCGUACUCACUCUCUCAGCUCUCAUCUGAUGGCUUUACGGUCAAAAAGCGAACCAAACCGGGUUGCUCAUGGGUCAAGGUCAUAGGUGGUGGAAGAGCCGACGGUACCGCAUACAUUGGCUCCGCAUCGACUGGUGGGCUGGCAGUUGGCAUGUCCGACUUUUGGGAGCGGUACCCAACACAGCUUGAUCUUGAUUCCUUGACUACAGAGCAAGGUCUCAUCACUCUGUGGCUUUACUCGCCGCUGGCAGAGCCUCUUGAUACCUCCCCGUACCAUGAUGGAUUGGGAUUGGACUCAUACGAGAAGCAAUUGCAGGCUCUCGAUGUGACGUACGAGGAUUUUGAGCCAGGUUUCGCGUCUGCCAAUGGCAUCGGAAGGACAAACCAGUUGUUCUUGAAACCGUUCGCUCGCACACCAUCGAAUGAGGAAUUCAGUGCGUUCUCACGAAUGGUUCGCAAUCCGUCUCGACUCGUUGCUACCGCAGCGCAGAUACAAGUAGCAGAGGUGUUUCAUGGAAGUUGGGCACCUGAUUCGAAGGCUCUGGGUGUCAACCCGUCUAGACAGCGGGCUGACGUGGAGUCAAAAUUGGCUCUUUUAUUUGAUUACUAUCGCAAGCAAGUGGAGCAACAGCGCUGGUAUGGAUUUUGGGACCACGGAGAUGUUCAGCAUACCUAUGAUUCAUACCGACAUGCGUGGAGAUACGAUGUUGGUGGGUUCGCGUGGGACAACUCCGAGCUCUCGACAGACAUGUGGCUUUGGCUAUACUUUCUCCACACUGGAAGAGCGGACGUGUUCAAAAUGGCCGAGGCGAUGACUCGACAUACUGGCGAAGUAGAUGUUUACCAUUCAGGAAAGUUCAAGGGAUUCGGAACACGACAUGGUGUGCAGCAUUACAGCGACAGCUCAAAACAACUCCGAAUUUCCAAUGUGCUGUAUCGACGCAUCUACUAUUUUCUGACGGGUGAUGAGCGCACCGGCGACCUGAUAGCUGAGCUCCAGGACUGUCAACAGACAUUGCUUGUCCUGGACUCUCAUCGGAAGGUCCAGGAGCACGGUGAUAUACCUCCCGGAUUUGCCAUGACGAACAUUGGCCUUGACUGUGGGUCACUCAUUGCAGCGUGGCUUACUGCGUGGGAGCGGCGCUCUCCGGGUUGGGUUCAUUCUAAAGAGCUCCUCGUGAAGCUACUCGACGGUAUUGCUGGUCUGAAGCAUGGCAUUGGUAAUAAUGCAAUUCUCCUCAACCCUGAGACGGGGGAGGUGCGUCCGUGUCCGCCCCCAACGCCCGAGUACGCCAUCUCUCAUCUGUCCAUGCUGUUCGGAUUCCCCGAAAUCAUCGCUGAGCUCUUCCACUUCGCACAAAAGGACUACCCAGAUACUGUGAAAAGAUUCAUGAAGGUGUGGCUCGCUUAUUGUCGAGCCUACAAUGGCGGUCCCGACGUUCAGCGUCGAGAAUUCGGGUUCGAGUUUCCUCCUCACGCGACAUGGCGACAGAGUCAUUCUACUCUCACGGCCUUUGCAGCUCGCGAGCAACAGAACGGACAGUUGGCACAAGCUGCUUGGGAUCAAUUUUUCAACACAGAUGGCUAUCGAAGUGAUCACGACUGGAGUGUGAAAGACUGUGCACCCCCUGAAUAUUUCUCUACCGGGAUAGAGGCGCCGUGGAUGACGACUAAUGAAGCUGCCCGUUAUGGGGUUUCUGCAAUCUCCAAUCUUGCGAAAAUCGGAGAGCAUCUUUAUUGA